AUGUCUCCCAAAACGUCCCCUGAUCGGGACAUCACGGAGCUUUUCAGCCGGCAUCGCGUCACAAACAUUCCCUCCGACCAAAGGACACUGCUCGAAAGACCAGACUCGUGGGCUGUCGAGCUAGAGAAUACGCCACAUGGCCUUUCGCAUCUUCCAGGACACGUUCUUGAGACAGUGAAAGCAACGUAUAUUGCUAACAAGCACAAAAUCCAAGAGCACACUCCGAUCUUGAAGAAGCGCAAUCGGAGUCCUGUAUCAUCACCAGCCAAUAAACGGCAACGUAAUGGCAUAACGAGCACACCCAGAUCCGACCAUGCGAAACCUCCACAAUCAUCCCCUGAGCGUGCUGUGUCCUGGUCUCCAUCGCCGGAGCCCACAUCCUCAAAAGACGCGGACUGUAUAGCGGUGGCCAUAGUUGACCAAAACACCCAGUCAUCUAUUGUCCACGAAACACCAAAAACAGGGCCAGGCUUCGGACGCCCACAGCGGCCGACACCAAAGCCGAUCAUUGAGAACCCACCUUCUUCCGGGGAGACUGAAGACGACUUGGAAACACGGAUUCCUGACGCUCAGCCUCUUCACAAUGGCUCCGUUAAUAAAUCGGCAGUGCGGUCUAAACCGACUGCACCCUCUCCGCUUUCCACCAACAGGACCAUGGCUACACCGCCAUGCGCUCAGCCGAGCAACACAGCUCCAGUGGUGGUGCCAAAUACCGUAUUCACAAGCAAAGAAAGUAUUCAUGGGAAUGAGAGCCCGAAAACUCGUCGAUUAAGGUUCAGGCCAAUCAUUGUUGAAAGUCGGAAUAGGACGAAAGGCCAUAACGAAAAAGAUCGUAUGCCACCCACCAUAAUGCCCCCAAACACAAUGCCCCAAAAAGUCAUCGAUGACUCUAUGCCAACAUCAUCCGAUUCUAUUAUUCCAUUUACGGGUAUACCCAUCACACAAGAGUCCGUCAAAGAUAUCAGAGAGUCAAUAGAGAUGAAGGAAGAUGAAACGAUGGACCAGGUGGAGGAAGUUGUUCCCUCAACCAACUUCCAUGGUUCAAUUGCAGAUGGUCCGGUUGUCGACGGUACUGACGAGAAGCCAAGUGACGAGAGCAAGGCGAUAAAACAGCUGACCACAUCUUCCCAGAUGAGUUCGUCAAAGACGACAGCAGGAACGAAAUCACAACCACAGAUGAAUGACCAAAUGAAGACAGAAAAGUCUCCUGCUCCUGCGCCACUUAUAGCGCCAGGCGCUCCUCUGGAACCCUACGAAGCAUUUAUACAGCAAUAUCCAGAUUACCCUGGUGAAAACGGAGGUGAUAAGUUGCCCGGGACCAAGUCCAACUUCAUUUAUGCUUGUGUAUACCUCAACUACCUCCGUCCAAGGAAGCAGCUUCGAGACUGCCUCUAUGACGAAUUCAUCCGAGCUUACCCGUGCUCUUAUGGGGAGUACGUCAAACGCUCCCGUAUGGAACCUAUGGUUGCUAUCAAGUGGUUCAAUCAGCAAAAAGGGCCCUUGGUAUACAAUAAAUAUCUUGUGAACAGGGGCAACUUGAGUCACAUCCUCAGAUCAUACCCGGAGGAGUUCGCACGUGCGAAUGAGCUGGUAUCUAAGAAAAACGAAGAUGAUGCUGGCGGGGAUGAUCUAAUGAUAUAUACAAGCUCAGAAGAUGAAGGUGACGUUGAUGAGGACGACAGCCAAUGUUCGGUUUCCCCAUCAUCCCAACGUUCUUCAAAGAGGGAAAGCGUCGAGUCACCACAGCCAAUUGCAACUAUCGAGGAUGAUAUGGAAAUCGACCUCCCAGAGAUCCCGUCUGUACCUUCAACUUCCAGCAAAAGAAGGCCAUCAUUAGCAUCGACGAAUGACUUGGAGAUCGUCUCGAGGCCUGUGCCAACAGCGAAGCCCAUCACUCCCGCACAGUCGAGCAUCAGACGACGGAACCCAGUUUCUGAGAGAAAGCCAGUGCAGCCCUCACGAGUUCAAGAGAUCCUGACUCAGCCUCCUCCACCCACUUCACCCCAAAUGCCACAAACCUCAAUGUUACCACCAUCCACCAUAGGAGGCUCAGCAAUCAAGUCGGCGGCUCCUCGACAUUCACAGUAUUUCAAAAGAAUAUCCGAGGACCUACGGAAGGCAACGCCAAAGCAACGCUCGGCAAAAGACCUCGAAAAGCUUCGAGAGCAUUUCAGAAAAUCGAAAGGGACAGGGGCGCAAGAUCGUCGAAGCAGCAGUGGCCGGUUUGAAUAG